AUGGUUAGUAUCAACAAUAAAACUUCUCUUGAGAUCAAUGAAAGAUAUCAAGAACGUUUACUUACAAGAACAAGAAAUUCAAGAUUGGAUCGAAGAAAUACUAUUAAAUUACCUGAAGGCGUAGAUCCACUAGAUAUAUCCUUUGAAUCAAUUUUUGAUGAUUCAAAUAAUGAACAAAAUGAUGACGAUAAUUCUAAAAAACAAAAGCAAAUUUCGGCUGCAUCUAAUAAUAAUUCACAUAAAUUGCCUAAUUCACCUAUAUCACUUAUAAUUCCUGAAUCACCCAGAAAUACUAAAAACACCAAAGAAAUAAAUGAACUUGAAACACACAUGAUGAUAGAAAAUCUUGAACUUCCUUCUUCUUUGAUUACAGGAAAUAUUACUAAUCUUAUAUCAGAAAUUCAGGAAAAUUCAAUUGAUUCAAAUAAUCCAAGUCUAGAUAAAUCUUCCAAGCAAGUCGAAGUAGAAAGGCAAAAUGGUUUAAACAAUCAAAACUUAUAUAAAUCUACUAAGCAAGUAGAAGUAGAGAGACUAAAUGGUCUAAUCAAUCUAAAUUUAGACAAAUCUACUGAUCAAGCAGAAGAAACAAAGUCAAAUGAAUCAAAUAAACCUAAUCCUAAUCAAUUAGAGGAAGUAAAUUAUUCAAGCAAAAAAUAUUUAGGUAAAUCAGCCGCUGUUCAAGUAGAAGAAAGGCCAAGCGGAUCAAACAAUAAAAUUUUAGAUAAGUCAGCUGCUAUUCAAGUAGAGGAAGGAAAGCCAAGCGAAUCAUCUGUCAAAAUGUCAUUAAUUGAUUCUGAUUUUUAUAAACUAUUUGAUAAUAGAAGAAUGACUAAACGAAAUAAAGAUUUUCCUAGAAAACAGUCUAACAGAUUCACAUUAGAUAUUGAUAUUACAAAUGAGAUUGAUGAACCAUCAAUUCCGUUACAAACUAUUCCAAAUGAUUAUUUAGGGUUGACCAUAAUAAAAAAAAAUGAUUCGUCUCCUACAGCAUUGGAUGAAAACAGCAACAAUAAUCUUACCACAUUGGAAAUUACGCCAGAAGAUCAAAUAUCUAUGUCCAUGCAAUCAUCAAAUAGUCAAUCACCUAAACUUAGUGAUAUAGAAGAGAAUAGUUAUUUACCUUUAAUUAAUAAUGAUAAUGGGCUUGAUGGCACAUUUGUACUUGAACCUUCAUUUGCAUCAUCAUUGGCUAAACCAAUUUCUAUUUUAUCAAUACUGGAAAAACCAGCAUCUUUUGGCAAUAUUCCAAUCAUGGUACCUGUUCAAGAUGAUACUGAUAAAGAAGUAUUAGUAGAAAAAGAAAUGGAGGAGGAUUCGGAAGAAAAUUUUACUACUGAACAUUUAUCAGAUCCUAAUAAAAGAAAAAGAACAAUUGAUCCACCAAAUAAUGAUCAAGAAGGAAAUUCAUUGAAAGAUGACAAUCAAAUUAUGUCAGAAACAAGAAAGUAUCAUAUAUCAAAUGUUAAUGAGAAAGCCGAAGAUAGCAAUGCUGUAAGAAAAGCAAAGAAAAGGAGUCAUUCAAAACUUGGAAAUCCUACAGAAGAAAUUAAAAUGAUUCAUAACAUCAUUAAUGAAACAAUUGAUGAAUUUUUAGAUAAGUUAGAAGAAGAUUCACACAAAAAUAAUAUUGAAAAUUUCAAGAAAGAAUUUGAACUUCAAUUUACAAAACAGGCUGAAAUUAUUCAAAAGCAAUUGAAUCUACAUGAAUUCUUUAAUCAAAAAUUAAUGCAAAUGAAAAAAGUAAAGGAUGAUUUAUUAGAAGUUAAACAAAAACGUGAAAUUAUUAGUAAAAACAUGACCAAGGAAAGAGAAUUAUUUAAGAAAGAAGAAGAAGAUCGAAAGAAAUUGGAAGGAUUACAUAAUUUUCUUUCUAAUCUUGAAUUUUUAAAAGAAUCUGUUGAACUAGAAGACGUUUCUGAAAAAGAAGAUAACCAUCAUAAUCUAGACCUGAAUGAAAUUUCAGGACUUAUUUUCAAAAUUACGUCUCGUACUGGUGAUUUAACAUCAGACCAUAGUAAUGAAGAAG